UCCUUUCUAUGCAUGUCUCCUAACUUCACUUGCUCAGCUCUCCUCUCCAUUAUCCUUUGGCUUUCCCCUAAAUUAUUACGUGUUUUGUUGGCCUCUUUCCCUUCAAAUUCUAUCCAAAUCUUUCCAUACAAAUGGCUAACCACAAAAAGCAAGCAGGGGGUUCUUCUUCUUCAUCAACCAUGAAUUUUGACCAUCUUUUUGGUCCCAAGGAAUCCUCCUCUACUUCAUCUUCCUCCACCGGCCUCUUUUGCUCCAUCUUUUCACCUCCACCUUCUGUUGGGGGUAGAGAAUCAAGAAUACAAGAAGUGGGAAGCAAAAAUUUUGGAGCACCAGGAACUCAGCGCAAUAAAAGUGAAACCAGCAGUCGCAUCAGUAACAAGAAUAUUGGUACCAGUUAUCAGAAUGAGACAGCGGAGCCCAGCUACUUCAGCUCUUCUAUCUACUAUGGUGGUCAAGAAAAUUAUUCCCCAAGAAGCAGCAGGACCACUCAACCCCACCAUGUUUUCAAGAAAGAUAAGGAUGAUCAUGGUGAUUCCAAUAGUAACGACUCAAACAGCGCUGCAAGAGGGAACUGGUGGCAAGGUUCCCUUUAUUAUUAACAUCACACUACCUAGUAAAUAAACCAGCAUCCUGCAAUGCAGGAUGAAGAACGACCACGGGCGUGCAGUCUACCCUAAUUAACUCUAUAUGGAAAUAAGUCAUGGUAGGGCAUAUAUCCUACAAGUUUGUACUCUUUUGUCCACUCCACAUAUUGGGCCCUUUUUUGUCCCAGAUAUCUGGUUAUGUACUCCACAGCGGUCAAAUCGCGACAGCAGCAUGGGGCCAAAAUUACUACUAUAUUUGCUUUGUAUUUAUUUUAUUUUAUAUUGAAAAGGUUUUUAUAUUUCUAUCCUUGUAGACUUUUGCUUUAUUUUAUAUAUAUAUAUAUAUAUAUAUAUAUAUAUAGAUGUGAUCCUGUUCUAUGACUAGAAAUAAUAUGGGUUCGUGCUUUUUCAUUUGAGCGUACA